GACUGAUCUCUUAUUCAAAUUUUUCCCAGCUAUACAUAAUAGAUGAAUCGCUAUAAUGGACAGACCCUUUGAUAUACCGGACUCUACGGACUGGCUAACCUCCUCUCUGCCUGGCGUCGCGCCACUCGAAUCCGCUCUGCGAUGUCAAAUCUGCAAAGACUUCUUCAACAACCCCGUCAUCACAUCGUGCUCGCAUACCUUCUGCUCUCUGUGUAUUCGGAGGUGUCUGAGUAGCGAAGGGAAAUGUCCGGCCUGCAGGGCUACAGAUCAGCUACUCAAGCUCAGGCGCAACUGGGCCGUACAGGAAAUUCUGGAAAGCUUCCAAAAUGCUCGACCGAAUAUUCUUGCGCUCGCACGGCAGGCCCAGACAACGACACUCUCUACGGAUAAAACUAAAGAAGAAGAGGACACUGAGAUGUCCCAUCCAGCAACCAAGAAACGACGAUUAAACCAAUCUGACGACGCGCAGCCUGAGAUGAGAAGGACAAGAUCGCAGGGGAGACAGCUUGAGCGACAACCUAUGCUGGUGGGUCCAGAAAGUAUCGACGAUAGCAAGGAUGAGGAUUAUAUGCCAGACGAUGGCCUAGUCCCCUGCCCGAUGUGUAAUCGUCGAAUGAAAGAAGCAGCUGUUUUCAACCAUUUAGACAACUGUAAAGGGUCUAUUGAAGAGAAUGCUCUAAAUCCUCAUACAUCCUAUCUGCGACAACCGCAGCACUCCUUCCGAAGUUCACAGAACAAAAGCCCGGCAAAACCAUUAGAACGCCUUCCAACAAUGAAUUAUUCUCUGAUAAAAGACAACAUGUUACGCAAGAAACUCAAAGAAUUGGGCAUUCCCGACUGGGGUCCAAGAGCUAUAUUACAAAGGCGGCACACAGAAUGGAUGAACUUAUGGAAUGCCAAUUGCGAUGCUAAGGUUCCAAAAACUAAGGAUGAGCUUCGUCGAGAUUUAGAUGUAUGGGAGAGAACACAAGGGGGUGCAGCUCCUCAACCUGGAUCAUCAUCAGGGCCAAAUGCGGUGAUGGCAAAAACUUUUGAUGCGGCUGCGUGGUCUGCGAAUCAUGAUGAUGAUUUUAAGCGGCUGAUUGAGAACGCGAGGAAGAAGAAGGAUAUGAGAAAGAUUCAGACACAAGAUAAGGAAGAAGAAAACGAUAAUUCAACAAGUCAACAAGACGAUAACGCGGCGUUGAAUAAUGCCAAUGGAGAAAAUCAUACGCUGCCUACUGGGGAGCAACCAAUGGGCAACGGUGUGAUAGCAGAGCCGUCACCUCAACCCUAUACUCCUCUCAACGAUACCUGGUAA